ACGUGAGUAGCCCUAAUGGGCCCAUGGGUUAAAUGCUCGAUUGCCGAAGUUCCAAGUCGUCUAAGGAAAUUUCGAGGAGCACUUGAAGGCAGCGCAAACGGCUUGCCUCCUGUCAGUAUCAUCGUUCAGUUGAGAUCCAAGAUGGAGGAGUGCCCCUCUAAACAAGUGCCCGAAAACCUUGACGACCCUCCCAACAGCCGACUUUUCGUGGUUACGAGCCGGUCCAUAACCGAAGAUGAGCUCCGGGAUAGCUUUUCUGUAUUCGGGGACAUUCAGGGGGUCUGGGUCGUCAAAGACAGGCAAACGAAGGAGUCUAAAGGUAUCUCGUACGUGAAGUUCGCCAGGUCUUCGCAGGCCUGCUUGGCCAUGGAGGAGAUGCACGGGAAAGUGCUGGCGGAGGGGACUAAACCUAUCAAGGUGUUUAUUGCCCAGUCGCGGUCAUCAACGAGACACAGAGACGUGGAGGAUGAGGAGCUGACCAGGAUCUUUGUGAUGAUCCCCAAAACCUUCUCAGAGGAGGACCUCAAAGACACGUUCAAAGAAUAUGGCGAUAUUGAGUAUUGUGUGAUCAUCAAGAAUAAAUUCACAGGAGAAAGUAAAGGACUCGGAUACGUGAGAUACUACAAACCAUCCCAAGCUGCCCUUGCAAUAGAAAACUGUGACAAAACUUACAGGGCCAUCCUGGCAGAACCUCGCUCCAAAACUACAGCCACAGAAGAGUACAACGCAGGAGGAACCAGGUCUGACUACAACAGCGGUGCCAGCGACACCAUGAAUCAGUACGCCUUCUCAAUGGGUGAACCUGCAAACUACCAGGUCAUGGACCCCCGCUCCAGCGAGUUCACACGCUGUCUCAUGAUGUCCACACGUGCUGCACUAACUCAGGAGCAGAUCUUUGCUCUGUUUGAUAUCAUUCCUGGCAUGGAGUACUGUGAGCUGCAGAGGGACGCCUAUGGAAUGAGCAAAGGUCAUGCUAUGAUUCGCUACAGCAAUCUUGGAUCAGCCGUUUAUGCCAAGGAGAAGCUGAAUGGCUUCGAGUAUCCACCUGGCAACAGACUGGUGGUAAAUUUCGUUGACGACGGAGAGGACCGUAGCAGUCCUGUAGGUCGGAUGGCCAUGCAGUUUGUUGCAACGCAGAUGAUGUCUACAGUGUGGAACGGACCCUCCUCCAGCCAAGUCAUGAAACCCCCAGGCUUCUCUUCCGUCUCACAGAUGUCCCGGGUCCAGACGGACGUCAACCUCCCGCCUCUGAAGAAGCUCGCACCACCCGACAGCAAGGCUAAGGAGCGCUUGUUUGUUGUGUUCAGCCCCUCCCCACUGCCCCCGGAUGUGUUGGAGGACGUCUUCUGUCGCUAUGGUUCUCUUAUUGAGGUCCAUUUGGUUCCAGGAAGGAAAGUUGGAUACAUGAAGUAUGCAGACAAACAGUGUGCAGACGAGGCCAUGGCCGCGCUUCAUGGUCAUGUGGUUAAUGGAGUAAAGAUGAAGGUGAUGCUGGCUGAUCCUCCCAGGGAGGAGUCUCACAAACGUCCUCGUACCUACUAGGAUCACGUGGUGGCAGUGAGUGGCGACUGUUGUCAUGACACAAUGACACCUGACCUGACAGACCGACCGACAUCAAGACCACCUCCCGACCUCUGACACGACCUUUGACACCUGUCUGACCUUACUUCUGGUCAGUGACCUUGCUUCGACUCGUUCAUACAACUAUUAACAUGGAGUCUCGUGUACAGUGUGUGAACAUUGUAUUGUGUAGUUUGUGCACAGUGUCGUGCUUUUAGUUCAAAGAUUGCGCCUUGGCACUGCUAUAUGAUGUAUGAACAGACAUUGAAGAAACCCAUGGAGCUAGGCUGUAGAAGAGCUGCUGGGCAUUUUCUUUUCUAGGCAUUAGGCUAAAGUCUGCUCAUAAGCUUUUAAAGGUAGCUCUAGCAUUUUUUUGUCCUGUGGUUUGACCUGUAAUCCCCUAUUGAGUUCAGGUAUUUAUUAGAUUGUGAACCUUUUUUUUUUUCCUUUGGUCUCAAUAAAAUGAAAAGUUCAACACCUCAA